AUGCACGAUCUUCGGCCCUUCUGGGGCAUUGAGCCGGCCAACAUUCGAAAGCUUGCUGCGUACAUGCACAAGACCAGUGAUGGCAUCUCAGGAAUGCACAUCCGAAACAAAAAGGUCAAAGAAAUGACCAAUGCCAACUGGCGUAUAGAGGCCUUCAGGAAAAGUAUCCGACCAUUUGUCAAAUUUCUACCGGACAUAGAAAUUUCCACGAACAUUCAUGAUCAGCCGCGAGUGGUCUUUUCACAAGGCUUGUCAAAUCUCUAUGAUCCGAAAAACCAGUUCUCCCGAGACUAUCGAUCCGAAGUUUUCGGAGCUUCGAGAGAACCUUAUAUGAGCAUUGCGCAGGAAGCAUGUCCGCCACUGUCCCGAGCCAGAAACCAGACGGUGGGAUUCGAAAGCGAUUGGCGCAGGGACAUCCAUGGAUUUGUUACAAACUUCAACCGCUCUUCAGAUCUGUGUGUCGUGGGUCCUGAUAUUCAAGACAAGCACGGUCUUCUGUUCGCUUCAAGUACGAUGACGGCCAGUAGACAGCUCCUCCCGGUAUUUGGAGAAUGCAAAACAAACAUUAACAGCGACAUCCUGUUCCCAGCGAACAUGUACACCAUGUCUGAUAAUCGAUACGUCUACGACAAGACCUACGAUGUCGAUUGGGCCGAUAAAAACGACACGCUCAUGUGGAGAGGCGUGACUUCAGGAGUAGCCAACACGAUUGAUAACUGGGAACAGAUGCAUAGAUCCCGGCUUGUCCUCUUGACCAACGCGACGAUCCAGGCGGACAAAGAAGUCCAAAUCCUCAGUGGAGAUCCAGACCUGAAAAGCUCAUACCACACCUCCAACAAUUUCAAUGCCAGCGACUUCGCUGCCCAGCAUACAGAUGUUAGUUUCACGGCGGGCAUUUCCUGUCUUCCGGGUUGCGUAUUCCUCGGCAAUUUCCUGUCGUACAAGACGGUUUCGGAGCUGAGCAAGCAGUUUAUGUCCAAGUACCUCAUCGACGUUGAUGGGCACUCAUUCUCGGGGAGAUGGUACGCCUUUCUGAAGAGCAAGAGCUUGGGUAUCAAGAGCACGAUCUUCAGAGAGUGGCAUGACUCGAGACUGUUUGCUUGGAGGCAUUUCGUCCCGCUCGAUACCUCAUACGAAGAGCUUUACAGCAUUCUGACCUAUUUCAUAGGCAUCGGAUCGGCGUCCAGCUCUCUCAAAGAAGGGGCUCUGUACGUGCCUCGGCAUGAAUUUGCCGCUCGACGCUUGGGAAAACAAGGCAGAGGGUGGGCGGGGAAGGUGCUGAGGCGUGAGGACAUUGAGAUCUACACGUUCCGGCUCCUUCUCGAGUAUGCCCGAGUCAGCGAUGACAAUCGACACGCCAUCGUCUACGGGGGCGAUGGAAGCGAGAUGGACGAAGUCGAUGAGAGGCACCCCUUUCCGUAG